AUGGAAAAAUAUACCACUUGGAGAGAUAAUGGUACUGGGAUAGCUCCGUUUUUACCAAACACAGUCAGGAAGCCCAGUUCGAUGGCGACAGCGUGUUCAAUGGUCAUACUGGCAGUGAAAGCUGUUGUUGCGCUACCAUUGAUUCUAAUAUAUAGCUUUACCAAGCAGAAUGUGCUGCUCGGUCUAAUAUUGAAGCUCGUAUUCAGUUGGAAGGAAGAAGUAAGUGUACAGGGCAUCAAGAAACGUGAUGUGGAAAAAUCCAAACACUACCCACAGAAGGGAAACCUUUAUAUUUGCAAUUGUACUUCACCUUUGGAAGCCCUGUCAGCAGUGCUGUUAGCGCAGGGACCCGUGUCGUUGUUGGUACCAUCCAACGAUAUCGUAUACAAAGUUUCUGUGAAGGAAUUCUUUGAUUUCAUCCUAGCAGGUGGGUUAGAUAUCAAGCUUUACGGCCACGAAGUCGCCGGACUAGACCAAUUGAGCAACACUGUAAAUUUCAUGUUCGCCGAGGGGACCUCGUGUAAUGGUAAGAGUGUUUUACCUUUUAGCAUAAGCGGGAGAAAAUUAAAGGAAUUCAUUGAUCCUUCACUGGCCACAAUGACCCUUGCGAUGGCCAAAGAUAAAAAAUUUGAGCUGCAGACCAUCCAGAUCAAGACCAACAAAACUGCCAUAACAACCUUGCCCAUCUCAAACACAGAAUAUUUGUCAAGGCUGCUGAACAAAGGAGUUCAUGUGAAAUGCAAGAUCAAUGAGCCGCAAGUAAUUUCGAACGAUUUAGAAGAGCUGCGUAUCGCGCUAAAUGGUGGCGACAAAUUCAAAUUAGUGUCACGCAAACUGGACGUAGAAUCCAAAAGGAAGUUUGUGAAGGAAUUUACCACUGACCAGCGCAAGAAGAGAAACUAA